AUGAGCAUCGUCCUGCCGGGUAAGCCGCAGUCAAGACUUCAAGGUCUGGCUAUUGGUUAUUGGAAUAACUUACACCUGAAUGCAUAUAUCACCGGAAAUGCAUUUACCAUCCUCGAUGGAUUGCAAACAAUCAUCCAGACGAUAUACGACGAAAAUGACGAACCGCUGCAGGCCAUAGCCAUUGACGAGCUGACGGGCAAAAUCGCGACGAGCACGGCGACGCAAGUUCGAAUCUAUAAUCCAUUGGGAGGGCUGCAGGAAGAUGCAUUAAAGUGGGCGCUCCAAGUCACCUUCGACAUACCCCAGGAUGGCUCUGGAACAACAUGCGCAUUGUCUUGGGGUAGCUCAGAGGAGCUUUUAGUUGCAGGCAACUACCUGUCUCUAUUCUACACAGGAGAGCACCCAGGACGCUCGUGGGAGCAAUGGCUCCCUAGUCCUGUGAAAAUGGCAACGCUGUCGUAUGACUCGGGGUAUAUUGCUUCCAUCGCUCACCACGACUACUUCACCAAAGUUUGGCGCCGCUUGACCUAUGGCUCUAAUGAUGUUCGAUUCGAUUUGGCCUACCUAUCUCACCCAGAUGUCGUUACAAACAUCAGAUGGCGCAAACCGUUCCAUGUUGAACAAACGUCAGGCAAUGUUUUGUACACCAGCUGCUUAGAUGGCCAUGUACGUGUGUGGAUUCCAGUCGAUACGGCAAAUGGCUGGCAAUGGCAGCUCUGGGGCAAAAUCAACAUCACAGAGUCAAUGCCAAGUGGCGCCCUCCCCCAGGAGCCAUGGCUGGCUUGCAUUAUCGAUGGGAGAGAUUUUACAGCUUCCGUGGAGAGGGCCAUAGAGCAACGAAUGGCAGAUGACAGCAGCACUGAUGAUGUAGCAUUGGAUCAUCUGGUAGCCAUUGCAAACAGGAGCCCGGAGAUAUGCCUCGCUAUGAACCGAUCGGGGUUUUUGACUGCUUGGGCUCUGGAAAACGUUGGUAGUCCCUUGGCCGACGAUCGCCAAAUUUUCAACAUUGCGCAGACAAUAUCACCGGGAUUGGAAAACCUUUCCAGUCUUCUACCAUCGAACGAUUUAUCGCAUGUGGAAAUCCAAACGUACUGCAAUCGAAAAACUGGACAGUUGCGGAUACUACUGCACGUGUUCGAUGGCAGGAUAGCCAUAUUUGAAUGUAGCGCUGCGGAUUUAUUUGAUCCCACGACCAAUGAUAAACGAUUGAUGCUUCAUUCGAUAUGGUCCGGUCACUCUGCCUCGAUCGGGAAAAUAGUGCGCAAUUUCAGCGGCCGAGCAGCUGUGUCGAGAACAAGGGAUGGCGAAACCGUCGUGUGGGAUCACUCACCCACCAAUCCGGUCGGAUCCUCGCACGGGUUCCUUGAUUUCAGUCGCCGCAGCAUUAUCCCCGAGGCCGGCCAUAUCCAUCGCAUUUGUGUUCUUCGUAAAGGCCGAUUUGUCGUUUUGCACAGGAAAAAUGUCCUAUCACUUUGGGAUUGCCGAAGUGGAAAGGGCGCCAAACUUGCGGAGAGUACCUAUGAGGCGCCGGGCAACCCUCUUUGCCUCAUCGUUUUGCCCAAACCGCAAGAUGCAAAUUAUAGGACUGCACAUAUGGCCAUGAUAACAUCCAAAGGGCAUGGAAUUGUCUGGCAGCUCAGUCUUCCAAACUAUGCCAAGGACUCAACAAGUACUCUGGGUGCGGGUAUUGAGCAAUUUUGCCAGUUUAACAUCGAAUCCAGUGAAGAUCUGAAGUAUGUUCUUCCUGUUGACCCUGCUGGCUCUGGUCCUAUAUCAUCUGGAUUUCUGGACGUUUUUGCCCGAGAUAUCGCCAUGUCCUGUACCCACACUGGCCGAAUCGACCUUUGGACAGCUCGUGUCGAUCUGGAACGCAAGACCGUCGGUUGGCUAUCGACAUGUAAUGCUGAAACGGGAUUUCACGAGCCAGCAUUGACCAGCGGCAGUAUGCUUAAAAAGGUUGCAAUAGUAAAAUCAAAUAGGUCGACGCUUGCCAUAUGGGAUGUUGGUGGAUCUCGUCUCGAGUUCGAUGAGGACUAUCAUUCGCAAGAUGCUAUCCAAGAUCUUGAUUGGACUUCAACCCCCGAUGCUCAAUCGAUACUGGCUGUUGGGUUCCAAUAUCGUGUUCUUCUCCUGUCUCAGAUGCGAUUUGAUUACUUGAAUAAGGGCGCAGCAUGGGCGCCAAUCCGCGAGAUUAGCAUCCGUGAACUAACACCCCAUCCGAUCGGAGAUUCAACAUGGCUUGGUAAUGGUCAUCUACUUAUCGGAGCCGGUAACCAGUUAUUCGUCUACGAUCGACGAGUCAGCGUCGACGAGUCACUUGUUACUGCGGACCUUAGGCUGCCUCAUCGUCAGGAUGGAACAUGGGAUCUCUUCGAGGCAGUGCAGAGAUUUAACGGACCUCUCCCCGUUUUCCACCCUCAGUUUCUCAGUCAAUGCAUCCUUGCAGGAAGAAACAAGCUCGUGCGACGAAUUCUUGUGGAGCUCCAUAAGACGUUAAAAUUCCUCGUUCCAGGAGAGUCUGUGGAUGACUACCUUGGUAUUGACUUGCAAGAGUUUUAUCUACCAGAUUCUGAUAGUAGCAGCCAAGCAUUCAAUACAGGGUUCAGUUACCUGGAUUCAGCCCCAAAGGGAGAGGAUGAUGAAAUAUUCACCGAGGAAAUUGCUACUGCAAUCAGCGAAAGGCUUACUCGGCUAGGUAUUCCCCAGCUCUCAGGCCAUGAGCAGAUCCAAUUAGUAGACAUGAUUGAAUGUGUGGCAUUGGUGGAGCGAGAGCGUCGCUCUAUAGACGAGAAUGCAGCUCGUUUUAUGCUAUUUUUCCGACAACACGCACUUCGAAAAGGGCGCACCAACGAGAUACAGCUUUCUUGGAGAGAGAUCAACUGGGCAUAUCAUUCUGGCAGCCAGGACAUUCUGUCAGAGUUUGUCUCUCGACAGAACCACAACGUCUUGCUAUGGGAGCACGCUCGAGAAAGCGGUAUAUUUAUGUGGCUUACCGACACGCAUCAAUUGCAACAAAAAUUCGAGGCUAUCGCAAGAAAUGAGUAUACGAAGAACGGGGACAGAAACCCGGUGGAGUGCAGCCUGUUCUACAUCGCGCUUCGCAAGAAGGGGAUACUGCAAGGACUUUGGCGAAUGGCAGGAGGAGACAAAGAACAAGCUACAACUCAGAAGUUCUUGACUCACGACUUUGAGGAACCAAGAUGGCGCACUGCUGCGUUGAAAAAUGCAUAUGCGCUAUUGAGCAAGCGACGAUUUAAAUAUGCGGCUGCUUUCUUUUUAUUAGCUGACAAGCUGGAGAAUGCUGUUGAAGUCUGCCUCCGUCAAUUGAAAGACCUACAGCUGGCCAUUGCAAUCACUCGCGUAUACGAGGGCAACGAAGGUCCCGUACUGCGAAAACUGCUGCGUGAGGAAGUCCUCACAGUUGCAGCGCGUGAGGGCAAUCGCUGGCUCGCAUCUUGGGCAUUCUGGAUGCUGGGCAGAAAAGACAUGGCAGUGAGAGCUCUUGUCACUCCUAUAUAUACCCUCCUCGAGACGCCUGCUUCGCCGGAUUUGAAAUCUCGGUCUUUCUUAACUGAUGAUCCCGCUUUAGUCGUUCUCUAUUCCCAGUUGCGACAGCAAACACUGCAAACAUUACGAGGAGCGUCCAAGGUAUCGCCAAAGGUGGAGUGGGAAUUUGUUCUUCACAGCGCAAAGCUUUACGAUCGUAUGGGUUGCGAUCUGCUUGGUCUCAGCCUAGUUCGAACUUGGGAGUUCCAACAGCAAACAACGACUGGGCUUGGAGGCGGCAUGAACCCAUUAGCCCUCUUGAGACGAAGAAGCUCGCUCGUUGUCAAUGAUCUCCACACAUCCGAGCUACACGCGAAGAUAUUGACCGACCACGAACAGGUCAAGCGUUCUGCAGCGCCGCCCUCAACCUUUCACGAGCCAGACGCUGCGUCACUGCUUGAUAGUUUUGGCUUGUAGAACAAGUAAUCGUAUAUACACGAAGGUACAGCGGAGGAAAUUUGGCAUGGUGGGGGUUGAAAUAAAUAUCAUUGAUCUUGUCUCAACAUGCGUGUUUUCUUAUAUCCUUCGUCAUGGCAUCCGGGGCUGGGGCUCUGCUCACGAUUCCCAGAUGACUGUUUCUGUUUUGGCUAUGACCCCUUUUCUCUCCGAGCGUUGCACAUUUAUGUCAACAUUGUCGUCCAAGUCGAUAGCAAAAUUAAUCAACAAAUUCGUUGGCCAUACUAGGGAAUGCAAGUCUUUAGUCAACGUAAUCAUCCUCUCCAUCUCCACCCUUGAGGUUCGCAUCCUUGCGGAUGGGAAUCUUGAUGCCUUGCGCUGCAAACGUCUUGCUCAAAGGCGU